AUGCCAUCAGACCUGUCGAACUAUCUUGCCUCUCGAUACCUCGUCGCCGAUCCAAAGCCGACUUCUAAACACAAACGCAAGCGCACCACAACGUCACCUAAGCUUCUAAUCACGGAUGACAGCAACCUCACCUGGACCGGUGCCGAAUUUCAUUGUAAGGCGGAUGAUGAUCCCACGACUGUGGGAAUCGGGAUAGCCGCCGAGUUUCGAACGUCCAAGACAAGCGGCGGCUGGAAGAGGGUUGGUGGCGAGACUGUUGUCACAGCAGCAGACAGAGAUAAUGGCGCGGCUGCAAAUAUCAUACUUUCCACGGCAGUUGUAGAAAAUAUAACAGCCAGAGCUGAUGAUGAAGGCCCCGUCCGCGAAGGCGGUGACAACAUCAUCAAGAUGAGCGACGGAACGCAUGCUGGCCUACAGUCAGCAAGUGCAGUAUCGUCGCAGCUGAAGCGACGUCAACUCGAAGAGGUCGAAGAUUUCGAGAAGCACCAGAGACACGCAAAGGAGGAGGAAACUGUCUACCGCGACGCUACGGGGAGAAGAAUUGAUGUGUCCAUGAAAAGGGCCGACGCACGGCGGGCGGCCGUCGAGGCACAACAGAAAGAAUUCCAGGCCCGAGAAAAUCUAAAGGGAGAAUUACAGCAAGGCCAGGCAUCAGAACGCAAGGAGGAGCUCAGAAAUGCGAAGCUGAUGUCUUUUACCAGAACCGCAGGGGAUUUGGACAUGAAUCAAGCUCUCAGGGAGCAGAAGCGAUGGAACGACCCCAUGACGCAGUUCAUAAGUCGAGAAGGGGUUUCCCAGGGUGUAAACGAGAAGUCUUUGGUUCAGAGACCGACCUAUGUUGGCGCAAGUCCUUCAAAUCGAUACGGAAUACAGGCAGGAUACCGGUGGGAUGGCGUUCAUCGGGGCAUUGGCUUCGAGGCGGACCGAUUCAGAGCGUUGCGCAAACUGGAACGAAACAAAGGUCUUGAAUACUCAUGGCAGAUGGAUGGGUAG